GAAAGCUGCGUUUUUUUUUUCGAACAACUCUUCCCAACCUUCGAGUCUUCUUCUUAUUGCCAUUCUUGUUUCGUACGUUUCGCUCAAGAAGUAUCAUGGAGAAAAAUGUUAAUAUUAUAGCUGCAGAUGAUAAAGAUAGAACUGAUAUUAAUCUCGAUAACGAACUAGGUGGCAUCUGGGGAACAAAUCUUCCCGACAAUGGAGGAAAUUUUCUGGAUGGUUGGAAUGGUACUGCGAACAAUCAAGAAAGCUAUGAUCUUAAUGUUGAAGACCUCAGAGAAACAUUAGCAAAUACUGAUUUAGAUGCAGCAGCAGCAGCCUUCCGAAAUAGCCCUACUAGAUUGAAUGCAGCAACUAGUCUAGAGUCAGAUAUUGAAUGGAGAGAGACCCUGAGAGAAGCAGCUACUGAUUUAGAUGCAGCAGCAGCAGCCGCCCGAAUUACCCGUGCUAGAUGGAAUGCAUGUAUUCAAGGGUUACAAAUUAGAGGCCGGGGAGAGACCGUUAAUCGAGAGGGAAGGGUAUUCAAGUUGAUGAAUGACGCCGAUAAGCAGCCCGUCUUUAAUAAGCUAAUUGAGUCCGCGAAUGUCUCUGAGUUGCGGCAGAUUGUAGCCAAGAUAGUUUCGCAGCCUGAAUCACUUAUCAAGGCAUCUCUUAAUCCAUAUGGGUAA